UCGUGACGUCAGUGGUUCCGUCCCAACACGGAAAUAUGGAAAAGUAACGAGAAGAUCGUUAUUAUGGAUUUAAAGCGGUGCUACUAGCUUACCUUUCUCCGUGUUUGUUCACUAGCCCCGCGGCUUCAGCGAUGUUAAACGACCGGUGUCGGUGCUAACUUACUUUGUGAGAGAUGGACGCCCGCCGCGCUGGAAAUGGAGAGAGAGUUCGACCUCUGUUGUUAGUUGAAUAGCUUUUAGUCCUCCGUUUGUUCAGAGCCAUGAAACAAAGUGUUGUGGGGGUCAUGGGGGCUCUGGGACGCCUGCUGCUGUCUCUCCUCCUGCUGUCCUGGGAAGGCAAGCUAUUUCAGGUUGGAGGGGUCAGAUCAGUCACUCUUCCAGAAUCCCUCCUGUUCGUCUCCACACUGGACGGCAGUCUGCAUGCUGUCUCCAAACAGUCUGGAGACAUCAAGUGGACCCUCAGAGAAGACCCCAUUAUUCAAUUACCUGUCUACCUCACAGAGCCGGGUUUUCUUCCAGACCCCAACGAUGGCAGUUUGUAUGUCCUGGGUGGCAAACACAAGGAAGGCCUGAUGAAACUGCCCUUCACCAUCCCAGAGCUAGUUCAGUCGGCUCCCUGCAGGAGCUCUGAUGGUGUACUCUAUACAGGUAAAAAGCAGGAUGUUUGGUUUGUGGUGGAUCCUGAGACAGGCGAGAAGCAAACCAGUUUAACCACUUCCUCUUCUGAAUCCAUCUGCCCCAACACUCCUCUGCUAUACAUUGGACGCACAGAAUACAUGAUUACCAUGUUUGACACCAAGACACAGGAGCUGCGAUGGAACGCUACGUACAAUGAUUACUCUGCUCCACCUUACGAUGACAAACAAGACUACAAGAUGGCCCAUCUUGUGUCGAGUGGAGAUGGCCUCGUUGUGACAGUUGACAGAGAGACAGGUGACGUCUUGUGGAGUCAGAACUACGGAUCGCCCGUCGUCGGGGUCUAUCUGUACUCUGGUGACUCACUAAGACACGCCCCUCACCUGUCCCUCGCCAUGGAAACGCUCCGGUUCCUCACCUUCUCCUCGGCAAACGACCAGGCAGACGCACACUCUACGCUGAAGUGGAGCUAUCAGUUUGUGAAGGAGCAAGCCAGUGCCCAAGCACAACUUGUGCCCACUCUUUAUGUAGGAAAAUUGGACUCCCACCUCUACGCCUCCACUUCCCUCGUCCACCAUGGAGUCUCGUUAGUGCCUCGGGGACUGACCUUGGCUCGAAUCGAGGGUCCGGUGACGGCCGGAGUGACGGUCAGAGGGCGAGGGGAGUGUGAGAUCACGCCGUUCACUGAUGUGCGCUACCCACCAGGGAGCACAAACAGCCGGAAAAACCAAUGGCUGCUUAUAGGUCAUCACGAGCUCCCUCCGGUGGCUCACACCACCAUGCUGAGGGAUUUCCCAGUGGGCCUGCAGCGUUCUGGUGAGGCAGUCAUCCCCCCUCGACCUUCUGCGUCCCCUGCCUCCUACUACCAUCAACGCUACUUUGAGACAGUUGCUGAAAGCGAUAGCGACGCUAAUGCUAAUAGAGGAGGGGUUGAUAAGAGGACAACAGGUCAGGCCAAGAGGCCGGCCGCUGUGCUGCCAGUCUACAUGACUCAGGACCGUCUGACCCUGGCUGUUCUGACGCUGCUGCUGGGAGGCUGGCUGGCCUUCGUGUUCACGUAUCCCGUCCGUGCAGCUCAUCAGCUCAAAGCUCAAAGGCAGCUGGAGGAGGCUUUUGAGUCUCGUCUCCAGCGCAUGCAGACCAACAUGCAGACCAACAUGCAGACGGUGCCCUCGGUUUCUUCAGACACAACCCUUUCUUCUGACACAAACCUCUCCAGUGACUCUCCGCCUGCAUCUGCUGACCCUCCACCGAGUCCUCACACUCACAGCGGCAGCGCCUCAGAUGGCGAUACAAAUGUCAUGACUGGGCACAAACCCACAGCAGAAGGAAACAAUGAGCAGGUGCAGGUGGGGAAAAUCUCCUUCACUCCAUCUGAGGUGCUCGGACACGGCACAGCAGGAACUUUUGUCUUCAGGGGUAAUUUUGACGGACGUCACGUAGCGGUGAAGCGAAUACUGCCGGAGUGUUUUGAGGUAGCAGAACGUGAGGUGCAGCUCCUCCGAGAGUCUGACACUCACCCGAACGUCAUCCGAUAUUUCUGCACAGAGAGAGACCGCCUCUUCACUUACAUCGCCAUCGAGCUGUGCGCCGCCACCCUGCAACAGUAUGUGGAAGAUUCGUCUUGCUUUCCUGAGCUGAAUCCGAUAACUCUGCUGGGACAGACCAUGUGUGGCCUCUCACACCUCCACUCACUCAACAUAGUCCAUCGUGACUUGAAGCCCAGAAACAUCCUACUCUCUGGUCCCAGUGCGCUGGGUCGGGUCCGAGCUCUCAUCUCGGACUUUGGACUCUGUAAGAAGAUCCAAGACGGUCGGAGCAGCUUCUCUUUGCGCUCAGGAAUACCAGGAACUGAAGGGUGGAUAGCUCCCGAAGUACUGCGGGAUACUCCUGGCAACAAACCAACCGCAGCGGUGGACGUCUUCUCAGCAGGCUGCGUGUUUUACUUUGUGGUCAGCAGGGGGCAGCACCCCUUUGGUGAUUCAUUAAGACGGCAGGUCAACAUCCUGUCAGGAGAAUAUUCACUCUCGCAUUUUAUGGAGGAUAUACACGAUGACGUCAUCGCACAUGAUCUGAUCGAGCAGAUGAUCAGUGCAGAGGCCGAGUCCCGGCCCUCCACCGCCUGUGUGCUCAAACAUCCGUUCUUCUGGAGUCCCGAGAAGCAGCUGCUCUUUUUCCAGGACGUCAGUGACCGCAUAGAGAAGGAACCAGCAGACAGUCCGAUUGUGGUCAAACUGGAGACUGCAGGAAGAGCAGUGGUUCGAACCAACUGGAGGAUGCACAUCUCUGUGCCUCUGCAGACAGACUUGAGGCGGUUCAGAACAUAUAAAGGAAACUCAGUGAGAGAUCUGCUGAGAGCCAUGAGGAAUAAGAAGCAUCACUACCACGAGUUGCCACCGGAGGUGCAGGAGACUCUCGGCGAGCUCCCCGAAGGCUUCGUCGGCUACUUCACCUCACGGUUUCCACGGUUACUGAUGCACACACACGCAGCUCUGCACAUCUGCUCCCACGAGAGACUGUUUCACCCCUACUAUCUGCCCCCCAACGCCAAAUAGCAAUAACAUGACUCUGCACACACACACACACGCACUUACACACACUCUACACUGGUGUACUUUUUUGUGAGCAACAGAAAUCGCUGACAGCGCCCCGUUAUUGCUUUUGUAAAGCCCAUUCUGUUUCUGGGGGGAAGAUACAGUGCUGUGAAAAAGUUUUUAUAUGGCCUGAGUUGUUUUAUAGAUUAAUUUUAUUUUUCUGCGGCUGUGGAUCAAGAAGCGAUUUUAUUAUUAAAUUAGAAAGCACUCACAGUGCACACCUCCACUAAAGCUGCAUACGUUAGUUAUAGCAAUAAUAGAAAAUGUUUUUAUUCCAUUCAAUCGUUUGUGUUCAAUUAAAUGCAAAAGUUCAGCAACGUGUUUCCUCCAAGGAAAAAGGCUUUUGGUGAAUUUAUUAAAAGUCACCAACACGUUGAAGGCGUAUGUAGGUGAUCCUACGUUUACUGGAGGGCCGCCUGAUUUUGUUUUAGGGAAACAAACACAUCGUGGUUCUUGAAUGAGGAGACUUGGAGAACACCAUAAAGAAAGAGAUUUAAUAAGUGGGCUGAUGUGUGGGGAUUCCUUCAUCCUUGUUCUACAUUGCAGUCCUUUUUUAAAAGUUUUUAUUAUUAUUAUUUAUUUAAGUGCACUUGUUUUCUCUCAACUGCAGUUUAUUGGAGUUAUUAUUGGAACAAAGCAAAGAUGUUCCACAAUGGCCAGAAGAAAAGGCCCUAAAACACAUCACUUGUUCCUCGUUCCACCAGAUUUCAUUACAACAUGUUUACAAUGUUGAGAUAUCCUAAGAGGACUCAUAACCUGUGACAAUGAAUCAUCAAACAUCAAAGGACUUAGUUUACACCACCAUGUUGUGGAAGGUGAUGUUUACCCAGGAGUGGAAGUUAAAGGGUAACGUCGUUGUUUUUCAAUCUGGACCCUAUUUCCCCCGGUGUUUGUGUGUAAGUGAGUAACGAGGACAGUCAUUGUUUAAAUUGGUCCCGUAUUGAGCGAAUCGCUUCAGACGGCAGCCGCCAGUGUAAUCAUCUCUUAUUUCUUCCCUAAAAGCAGUACAUGGAGCGUAAUAGACAAAUAUCAUUGCCACGUUUAAAGUGUGGGCCACGUGAAUAUGCUGCAAAAACCAGAUUCAUCAAUUCAACAGUAGUAACUACAUUUGCUCAUUUCAUUUUAAUAUUAUGGAUGUUUUUUGUUUACCUGUUUUCAACAGUAAUUGAGCGAGAGAGCUGCAGACUAAUCAUAUCAGGCAAUUCCGCACCGGCAAUGUACUUUCACUAAUAGUGCUUGUGUUUGCCACUGACAGCCUCAGAUUGUUAUUAUAAAUGUCUGAAAACAUUAUGGAAAGGACCCGACAGAGAAAUAAAUAGUUUUGCUUUUUUACCCGUUUAGCGGCUGCAGCGCUCUCGCUCAAUACUGGACCAAUGUCCAAAGUUGUUCCCUUAUACACAAAAAGGGGUCCAGGUUAAAAAAAUACCGAAGUUUCCCUUUUAAAUCGCACUGCAAACAUACGUAAGAUGCACAAACUUAGUCACAGCACUGUCGGCAACACAGACACUGGACAACAGGUUUGUGUUGCUGUUCCAAGGCUUCAUGUCACAGAAGAAAUCUCUGUUGGGUAAACAGUUUACUUCCCCUCUGUCCCUGCGGCCGCUGUGCUUCCCUCAGCUCCUCUGUAGGAAGUGCCAAACACUCCACAAUAUUUACUUUGCUGUUUGUUUUUAACGCAUUUGAUAUGUGUGUCCGAAUGUAGCUACACUGACUGAAGAAUGUACUGAGUCUUUAUUUCUUCUUCACUAAAAGCAGUACAUGAGUGUAAUAGACAAAUAUCAUUGACACUGUUCACAUGUGGGCAAUAAUGCAACAAUGGUGACUGCAUUUGUCCACUUCAUUCUCAUUUAAAGAUAUUUAAUGUUUACCCAUUUUCAACGGAAAUGGAAUAUAUUUCACCACUCCUGAAUGUUGCCACUGCUUGAGCUUUUGAUCCUGACAAAAUGCCACUAAAUGAUAUGUGAAGUAUCUCCCUGUAACUACUGGAUUAAGGUUUUAUUUAAUUGGUCUGCAGUAGAAUGAAUGAUGAAGAAUCAAACUUUUGUACUUUUUUGAAUGAGUGAAUUAAACUGAAGCUUUGGGCGUGCCAAAGAAUGAAUAAA